AUGAUAUUCAUUGACGUACGAAGCGAUGAUGAUAAAUACCUUAUCACUCUCGUCUACCGAUUUGUCUUCGCUAACGAAGCAAUAUGCGGUGAUCCGUUCUCGGAGUCUGAAUGGCUACCAGCUGGCGGUAAAUGCUUUGUGAACUGCGAUCCUACCGUACACUUGUGCAUGGUCCAUACGAACUCAGACAUUCAAAAGUGCAGAUUAUACUCAAAGGCCUGUCAAGCCGCAAUUCGAAAACACCUCGGUUGGACAACGACAAUUGUCAGCGUCUUCCGACCACCGAUUACCACAACGCCUUCUCCACAUGCUGAAUUCCGGGUCGGAAAUAUCGACCGGGCCUUCCGUGAUGAAGAGCACAGGAACUCGAUGAAUGUUGACCGGUCAGCCGUCGAAGCAGCUGAGAAUAUCGAGAGAGAUCUGAUGGGCUCCCAGGUUACCACGCCGUCGUUAUCGUCAUCGAACGAGCUUGUGGCAAACGAGGAGUCAAUGGUCGUCGAGGUGAUCACGUCAUCUCCGAACGAUGAAUUCAAUUGGUUAGAAGCGCCACGUAUCGAGAUGAAUGGCUACUCGUUCCACGACACUUCGAGGUUCAUUAGCGAGCCAUCGCGUCAGCAGUCAACUGAACCAGAUGAGUCGGCUUCCGAAUAUGAAGGGCUUGCAGAAAAUGUGAUUAGGCCAACAAUGGUGAACACCGAAUCCUCACACGAUAGCAGCAGUACAAUACGACAUUACCAAUAUGCGUUACCUCAACCGCCGGCCCCUAAGCCUUCACCACCAGCGUUUCCUCCAUUUCACCUUCCAAAACCCUCCGUGAACAGUAUUGUACCACCACCAGAUAAAGAACUGGUACCAAAGUAUAUCAAUUUUCUGGAGGUUCCUGAUGAUCAGAUGAAUGGAGUGGAUGAGGAGCCACUUAGACCCGUCAUACCGCAACCUCCCGGUUUCCGGCCUAUUGAGAACAACGAAUUCCCUUCUGAGGUCGCCAGCAAUCUUUUUCCCAGUGCAGAUAGACCUAGCGAACCUAUUAUGCCGUCAAUUCCACCAUCAUGGAAUAUUCCACCCAAACGACCGUAUCAAAAUAUGCGCAUAGUUCCGUCGGACACAGAAGUGGCUCUGCCGGAAGGAUCAGCUCUCAGGGAAGCAUAUGGCAGUAAAUACACUGGAGGAACGCGUUUCGAGGUUAUACCACCUCCUGCACCGCUGGCUCCUGCGAUCGCAUUGGGGACGGUCGGAAAAGGAAUGCCACCGAUUCCUGAUCUUUCACGUCGUGUUCAUCACUUCACUGAUCCGAGCUCUAAGAUGAAAGUAUUUGCUGAAAUGCAACCAGAUAUCGAGGGUAUUAAGUCGUGUACAAGGCUUGUAGAUGUAGAUGUGGAGGACUGCUUCCAAUCUUCCAAACUGAGCAGGUAUUUCGGCUUGAAAAACGCUGAAACUGAAGAGGAAAAACGAAGUAUCAUAGAGAGUAUUGUGCAGCAGAAACUCAAACGUAUCCGUCAUCAACGACGUGUCAUAGCCAAGCAACGCCACUGA